GUUUUCUAGACACACAGGACGAGCAGGAGCUGGAGCUCUGUGCCGCCUGUUCUCCCGCCUUCAUUUCCCAUCGUGCUGAGGCGGGUGGCAUGGCGGAGAAGGAUGACACCGGAGUUUGACGAAGAGGUGGUUUUUGAGGUUCGGCCAGUGGGAAGGACCUGCAGAUCAGAGGAUGGAGGAAAGAGCGCCAGAGAGAAUUCUCCACUUUACCAAUACUUACAGGAUCUGGGACACACAGACUUUGAAAUAUGUUCUUCUUUGUCACCAAAAACAGAAAAAUGCACAACAGAGGGACAACAAAAGCCUCCUACAAGAGUCCUACCAAAACAAGGUAUCCUGUUAAAAGUGGCUGAAACCAUCAAAAGUUGGAUUUUUUUUUCUCAGUGCAAUAAGAAAGAUGACUUACUUCACAAGCUGGAUAUUGGAUUCCGACUCGACUCAUUACAUACCAUCCUGCAACAGGAAGUCCUGUUACAAGAGGAUGUGGAGCUGAUUGAGCUACUUGAUCCCAGUAUCCUGUCUGCAGGGCAAUCUCAACAACAGGAAAAUGGACACCUUCCAACACUUUGCUCCCUGGCAACCCCUAAUAUUUGGGAUCUCUCAAUGCUAUUUGCCUUCAUUAGCUUGCUCGUUAUGCUUCCCACUUGGUGGAUUGUGUCUUCCUGGCUGGUAUGGGGAGUGAUUCUAUUUGUGUAUCUGGUCAUAAGAGCUUUGAGAUUAUGGAGGACAGCCAAACUACAAGUGACCCUAAAAAAAUACAGUGUUCAUUUGGAAGAUAUGGCCACAAACAGCCGAGCUUUUACUAACCUCGUGAGAAAAGCUUUACGUCUCAUUCAAGAAACCGAAGUGAUUUCCAGAGGAUUUACACUUUUGCUUGACAGGGUCAGUGCUGCUUGCCCAUUUAAUAAAGCUGGACAGCAUCCAAGUCAGCAUCUCAUCGGUCUUCGGAAAGCUGUCUACCGAACUCUAAGAGCCAACUUCCAAGCAGCAAGGCUAGCUACCCUAUAUAUGCUGAAAAACUACCCCCUGAACUCUGAGAGUGACAAUGUAACCAACUAUAUCUGUGUGGUGCCUUUUAAAGAGCUGGGCCUUGGACUUAGUGAAGAGCAGAUUUCAGAAGAGGAAGCACAUAACUUUACAGAUGGCUUCAGCCUGCCUGCAUUGAAGGUUUUGUUCCAACUCUGGGUGGCACAGAGUUCAGAGUUCUUCAGACGGUUAGCCCUAUUACUUUCUACAACCAAUUCACCUCCUGGGCCCUUACUUACUCCAGCACUUCUGCCUCAUCGUAUCUUAUCUGAUGUGACUCAAGGUCUACCUCAUGCUCAUUCUGCCUGUUUGGAAGAGCUUAAGCGCAGCUAUGAGUUCUAUAGAUACUUUGAAACUCAGCACCAGUCAGUACCGCAGUGUUUAUCCAAAACUCAACAGAAGUCAAGAGAACUGAAUAAUGUUCACACAGCAGUGCGUAGCUUGCAGCUCCAUCUGAAAGCAUUACUGAAUGAGGUAAUAAUUCUUGAAGAUGAACUCGAAAAGCUUGUUUGUACUAAAGAAACACAAGAACUAGUGUCAGAGGCUUAUCCCAUCCUAGAACAGAAAUUAAAGUUGAUUCAGCCCCACGUUCAAGCAAGCAACAAUUGCUGGGAAGAGGCCAUUUCUCAGGUCGACAAACUGCUACGAAGAAAUACAGAUAAAAAAGGCAAGCCUGAAAUAGCGUGUGAAAACCCACAUUGUACAGUAGUACCUUUGAAGCAGCCUACUCUACACAUUGCAGACAAAGAUCCAAUCCCAGAGGAGCAGGAAUUAGAAGCUUAUGUAGAUGAUAUAGAUAUUGAUAGUGAUUUCAGAAAGGAUGAUUUUUAUUACUUGUCUCAAGAAGACAAAGAGAGACAGAAGCUUGAGCAUGAAGAAUCCAAGAGGGUGCUCCAAGAAUUAAAAUCUGUGCUGGGAUUUAAAGCUUCAGAGGCAGAAAGGCAGAAGUGGAAGCAACUUCUAUUUAGUGAUCAUGCCGUGUUGAAAUCCUUGUCUCCUGUAGACCCAGUGGAACCCAUAAGUAAUUCAGAACCAUCAAUGAAUUCAGAUAUGGGAAAAGUCAGUAAAAAUGAUACUGAAGAGGAAAGUAGUAAAUCCGCCACAACAGACAAUGAAAUAAGUAGGACUGAGUAUUUAUGUGAAAACUCUCUAGAAGGUAAAAAUAAAGAUAAUUCUUCAAAUGAAGUCUUCCGCCAAGGAGCAGAAGAAAGAAUGUGUUACCAAUGUGAGAGUGAAGAUGAACCGCAAGCAGAUGGAAGUGGUCUGACCACUGCCCCUCCAACUCCCAGGGACUCAUUACAGCCCUCCAUUAAGCAGAGGCUGGCACGGCUACAGCUGUCACCAGAUUUUACCUUCACUGCUGGCCUUGCUGCAGAAGUGGCUGCUAGAUCUCUCUCCUUUACCACCAUGCAGGAACAGACUUUUGGUGAUGAGGAGGAAGAACAAAUAAUAGAAGAAAAUAAAAAUAAGAUAGAAGAAAAGUAAGAACCAAGAUUCAUAUGAAGUGAUAUUAGAUUGUUCCUUUUGCAAAAGUGUUUAGCUUCAAGACUGGAAAGGGAAUAUGAGUGUAAGUUUACUAUAUAUAAAGCUAAGAUGUGGAUUUACAGGAAGAACCCUGGUUUGAAUAACUGAUCUGAAAUUAAUAGUUACCUGUAAAUGGCAGAUCUUUUAGGAAAAUAAGAGAAAGGUAAGGGCUGUUUUGAAUAAACUGCUGUUUUAUUUGUGGCACAACUGAUCAAUCUUGGAAAUUCUUUAAGUAUUUUUAAUAAGAAAUGAAUUAUCAUUUCUUGCCAGAAUUUGCUACCAUAAGGUGAUUGGGAAAAUUCUGUUGCAAGAACAUUAACAUUUAGUAUGACUCCUUUUUACUGUAUUCUUGCAGUUAAUAACUGCAGCUAUUAUGUUAAUAACAAGUUGUUUGUAUUUUAUUUUUGUUUAUACCAGUCUUGAAGAUCCAGGUUCUGAAUAAAAAAAUUAAUUGAUACAA